ACCCAUGUCUGCAUAUCCAUAUGAAUCGAUCGUGCCUAAUUAUUCUAAUUUAGCCAACGAAGACGGCUCUGUGGGGAGAUAUUCUUCCGAAGUUUCGCGUGCCGGUGGAAUUGAUGUUCCAAGUCAGCCGGGUCGAAGUUCCCUAUCGGAAGAUCCUCACUACUUGUUAGAAGCGGAUCGAAUGGCGCCGCGGAUGUUGACCGAGGUGCGG